UUAUCUAACCCAAAAAGAAAAAAAUGUAAUUAAUAAAGCCUGGCCGGGGGAGGAGAGGACGCAGAGUGAAAAUGAAACGAUCGCGAGGGUUUUGACGUUCGAGCGGGUCCGCCAGUGGCGUCGCGUGCCGACGGAAGGCAGCCGUCGCCCGGCCGCCGAGCAGCUUGUGGCGGUGGAAGCCAGGAGCCAUUUCGAAGGCGGUCGCAUGAAGUCGCCUGACGCGGAGCGCGCACGGGCUCGAACCCCCGCCGCGGCGACGUUCCCCCGCGACUCGGAGCACUUUUAUGCUCUUUGUGGAGAAGAAAUGGGUGACGGUCGGAGACACGUCGCUACGCAUCUACAAAUGGGUGCCGGUGACGGAGCCCAAGUCGGAUGACAAAAACAAGAACAAGAAGAAGGGCAAGGAUGAGAAAUACGGUUCUGAGCUGACGACCCCAGAGAACAGUUCCUCUCCCGGCAUGAUGGACAUGCACGACGACAACAGCAACCAGAGCUCCAUUGCCGAUUCGUCGCCCGUCAAACAGGAAACGAGUUGCAGCACCAGUCCGGCGCCCGAGUCCACCGGAGCGUCCCACCGCGAAAACAGCGACGUCAAGACCGAGCAAAGUCCUGAUACCAAGAGGGGAAAGAGUCUGGCGACAGCGGAAGCGACGGAUCGCGGCGCGAAGCGAGAUGCCGACAAGGACUCCUCGGAGAGUAAAGCCGCUCAGGAUGUGGACCACGAGCCCCCGCCCACCAAGAAGUGCAAAGUGGAGUCUCAGGACUUUGAGGAGACUUAAAGGUUCCUCGAUGCCUCCCCUCCGUUAACUCUUAUCGGGGCUAAUGGACUCGCAGAUCUCCCGACACCCCCCCCCCCCCCCCACUCCCGUACCCCCCACCCGACACCGCCCCCCUCCCCUCCUAAUCCCUUCUUUCUACCACGGAUGUUAGAAAUUUGAUGCCGCGCUUCCAGUCCGCCAAGAAGGAACAUCCGCCUGAAUCGGGAUCAGGGAGGAUUCCGAGGUUUUUUUUUUGGGGGGGGGGGGGGGUCUUCCAGGACGGUCCCGCUAGACUGAUUUUAGGAUUUCUUUUCCUCAGGAGGGUCAACGCACUGUUACAUAAAAUGGAUCAUGGGAAAAAAAAAACAAAAAAAAAAAUGUGCUGCUGUUAAAGUGGAGGUCUCUUCUCUCUCUCCAUGGCGGCGCCGUCCCAUUUUUUGUUUGUUCGGUUUUUUUUACCGAAGGCGGCUCGUGGCGCCAUCUUUUUGGUUUUGCCUUAAAAAUCCAUCCCCGGCGCGGGUUUCGGUCAGUCCGGCGUAGCAAUAUUCCCACUUUUUACCGUUAGGCCGCCCCGUAGGGCGAGAGGAAAAGCCGUUUUAUGGUGCCAUCUUUUUAUUUCGCCUUAAAAUUUAUUCCGUACAAAAGAAGGGAAGAGAUCACCGUCGUUGCGCGUUGUAUAUUUUUUGACAUAGUGUGGGAGGGUAAUCCAAGAAAGCUCGGUGGGUCCCCCCCAGACUUUGUGUUCACUUCCUGUUUUGUUUCUUUGUUUUUUUACAGAUUUAGCCACGUGACCAAACAAGUUUAGCAUAAUUUAGCAUGAGAAAACCAGAAAAUCGGGAACAACAAAGUGAAGCCCGUUUGUUUGGCUAGAAUGUAAACUUCUGGUAUGAGUUUUUUUUUUUUUUAAGACAGAUUUAUCCAGGUAGCCAACGUCCCUUACAAGUAUACCGUAUUUUAGCAUUUAGCAUUCACGAGAAGUAUGAAACAUAAUCCAGGAAAAUACGAUAACAAUGCGAGGCGCUAACAGUCAUAUUUAGCAUAGUUUUAUCAUGAAGUCCGGAAACAGGAAAUAGGUCAGACGGCUUUUUUUUCCCGUUCUUAAUAUUUAUCGUAGCGCUCAGUAAUGUUAGCGUAUGUUAGCGUAAAGUCUCUCUCGAGGGUAGCGUAGCCUAGCAUAAAUUUAGCGACCAGGAGGAAAACAGGAACUAGGACAACAAAGUGAAGCCUGUUUAACUUGACGCUAACUUCCUACAGUUUAUUUUGUUGUUUUUAACCGAAUUAUCCAGGUGAUCGUCAUUCUAAACCGUCAAUAAAGUUAUCAUAAAUUCCCUUAAAGGAAACUUAAUCCAGAAAAUAGGAUACAGCGAGGAGCGUUAGCAUAUGUUAGCAUAGAGUCUAGAAGCAGAAGGAAAUGGAAUACGCAAAAAUAGGACAACAAAGUGAGGGAAUUACAGGGGUGACGGGCAUUCCGCAACAAAGUUAGCGUAGCUUAGCGAAAUGUCUUGAGGCAGGUGGAAGACGCGAUAGACCGAACGAUGUGCGUUUGUCCCAUUGCUGCCGGACUUGAUCCUAACGGUUUUUUUGUUUUUGUUUUUUUUUUGUCAUCCAGACUUCUCUCCACCGUAGAUUAGACUAGCAUAAAUUUAGCAAGCAGGAGGAAAACAGGAACUAUGACAAUUAACUAGCUAACUUCCUACAGUUUAUUUUGUUGUUUGUAACCGAAUUAUCCAAGUGAUCGUCAUCCCAAACUAUCAAUAAAGUUAGCAUAAAUUGCCAUACAGGACACAUAAUCCAGAAAAUAGGCCACAGCGAGGAGUGUUAGCGUAUGUUAGCAUAAAGUCUAUAAGCAGAAGGAAAUGUAAUGCGGGAAAAUAGGACAACAAAGUAAGAGAAUUAUCGUGGUGACGGGCAUUCCGCGGCAAAGUUAGCGUAGCUUAGCUAAUGUCUUGAGGCAGGUGGAAGGCCCGUUGGCGCGGGACGUGAUCCUGACUCCUCUCGAGCGUAGCGCAACCUAGCAUAACGUAGGAUAACAAUGUGAGGCUCGUUUAACUUGAUGCUAACUUCCUCCAGUUUAUUUUGUUAUUUUUAACCAAAUUAUUAAGAUGAUCGUCAUCCCAAACUGUCAAUAAAGUUAGCAUAAAUUGCCGUAAAGGAAACAUAAUCCAUAAAAUAGGACACAGCGAGGAGCGUUUGGCUCAAAACUAACUUUUCGGGGGGGGGGGGGUUGCAUUUUUCUCGUUUCUUGUGCCGUCGAAUAGCCGGACGAGCGCGCGGCUCUACUUGAAAUUCCUCGAGGUAGCAAACUGGCUAGCCGGCUAGCUAGCGGGUGCGCUCACAUGGUCGGAGAGAAGAGACGCGGUUUGGAGGACGGAUUAGCAUAUACCUCAUUCCCAGUCCAGCUGCGCUGGAGUUUCCGAUGCGCUACUCUUUGACAUUGACAGUGUAAUUAGCAUUAAUACGCUCACUCACUCACUUUUUUUGUUGGUUUUUUUUUCGACACGUUGUAGCUUUUCACCCCCGUCGAGAACCGGGAGUCGCUUCGAAAAUGUGUUCACAGCGUGAAAAACUCAAAUCUGGUAACUUUUUAGUUUCCCUUUUCCUGACGCCCUCUGGACCAUUUUUGUUUAUCUGUAGAACUUGUACAGAUUUAUUCUUUGGUUUUUGACUUAUUUAUUCCAUCAGUAGUGCUCGGUUUUUAUCGUCCAAUGGUUUUUUGUUUUCUUAAUAAAACUCUUAAAAUGUU